GUUUAUUGCUACAGUCGUUGAUCGAUUGCAGCCAUUGUUCAAUUGCAGGGACAAGACAGACAUAAAGUCUCCUGUCUCAUAUUAUAACGAGUCUCGUCCAUAUUUAUGGCCUUCGUUAUCAAUCAUGAAGACUUCACCCCAACGCAUCACCCUGCAAGUCGGGCGCCUCAUUAACACGCCCAUCGCAGGCCCAUGCCCACGACCAUGCCGAGCUUUCCACCUAACGACUCCGGCCGGACUGCCGCGAAAACGCAGCUUCUUCACCUCGAAUCCCUUCCUCUCCCAAGCCAACGACGGCUCCCGCUCCGAACUCCCCAAGAAUGAGCAACCCGUUACCUCGCCCGCCGCAAAACGACGGCCCACGCGCGCUGCCACGGCCAAGAAUUCCCUUCGGAGGGUCGCCAUCAUUGCGCAGCAGCCCAAGCGAGGGUCGGACAAUGCAACACCGCCGGCGGUCGCUGCGGGAGAAGAGUCGAGCGAGGUACAAUCAACAGUGGCCAGCGCAACAUGCGUCGCCGAGGCCUUCAACAUGCCCCUCGUGUUGGAGAUCCUCUCUUCGCAUGGCUUCGCGAUUGACCCGGAUGGCACAGGAUUCGACGCCAACGAAGUCCUCCAUGCGCGAGGAGUCAAUGGCGGCGACAUCUUCGUCUUCCCGUCCGGAACAAUUGUGACUUGGUCGCUCCCUCCGGACGUCGUCACCAAGCAAAUCAUGCGAGCCUCGGAAGACCCCCACCCCGUCGAAUGCCGAGAGGUCGAAGAUCUCGAAUUCACCACAGACAUCGGACGAGAGACGAGCUUGCUCAAGGGCGACGUCAUCGUGCUGGGCACACGCAAGGAGCACAAGGACGGCGACAUGCUGGACACGACGCUGGCCAAGGUCGCCUUCUCCUCCGGCCUCGCGCGCAGCACCAAGCUCGCCGUCCUCGAGAGCACCCUCACAUCCUACUUUGAGAGCACGCGCAAUAUCCCCGCGCUCCUCUCCCACGGCGCCGGCGUACCCUUGAGCCGCAAGUUCAUCCUCCAAAAGACGGGCGAGCUGCUCAGCCUGCGCGCGCGCCUAAACCACUACUCGGAGCUUACCGACUCCUUGCCGGACAUCUUCUGGGACACCAGCUCCGAACUUGGCCUCGAGGCUUACUACGACCAGGUCGGCCGCGCCCUGGACGUCAACGUGCGCAUCCGCGCCCUCAACCAGAAAAUGGACUACGCCGCCGAGAUCGCCACUGUACUACGUGAGAUGUCGAGCGAGCAGCACGGUACCCGCCUUGAGUGGAUCAUCAUCCUGCUCAUCGCCGUCGAGGUAGUCUUUGAAGUGCGUCGCAUUGUUCUCGAGUGGAUGCUAGAGCGUGAGCUUGCCAAACUAGACAAGGAGAAGUCCAAGCUGGUGGUGUAAGUUGAAAGCUGAACGAGCAGAACCUGAGAACAGGAACUGAACAAAAGCAUUGUACAUUAAAUGGACGUUUGCCUUGUACGAUAGAUAACCUCCUUGUACGAUAAAUGACCUCCUCGAGGAUGGAUUGGCCUACGAUAGAUACCCAGCUCUAGAACGAUAUGAUGGAUGAGAACCGACAUCAAAUUUCCCU